UCAUUUACCCAGGCUGAUGUUGAUGGUGAUGGUACUCUGAACUAUGGAGAGUUUAUGGCAGUUUCAGUUCACCUCAAGAAGAUGGCCAAUGAUGAGCACCUACACAAAGCUUUUGCAUUCUUUGAUCAAAAUCAAAGUGGUUACAUAGAGAUUGACGAGCUGCGAGGUGCCUUAAACGACGACGUAGACACCAGUAGCGAGGAAGUUAUCAAUGCCAUCAUGCUUGAUGUUGAUACAGACAAGGAUGGACGCAUUAGUUUUGAAGAGUUUGCUGCGAUGAUGAAGGCUGGUACAGAUUGGAGAAAAGCAUCAAGACAAUAUUCACGCGAAAGAUUCAACAGUCUAAGCUUGAAGUUGAUGAGGGAUGGGUCAUUACACUCAGCCGGUCAAGAAUAGUUGAGAAGAAAAGCUAAUAUUAAUAUUGCAGGGAAAGAAGGGAAAAAAAAAAAUGGAAGAACAAAUACCUCGAUUUUUGUUGAGUUUAUGAUUUUUUUUUUCCUGACUAAUUGAUAUCCUUGUGGAUAAUUGGGAUAGGUUUCCAUUAGACUUGUGUGUUUUGUCUUUAAAUGGUCAUGUUUAGAAGGUAGAAUUUAUUCAUGGUGAGGCAGAAGUGGUAGUUGUUGGAGAAGAAUAGGAAAUGUAAUUGGGGAAAUUAAAGGGAUUGUUAUUGUGGACCACCAUAUGUGGUUGUAAAUAUGAGUUUGACUUACAGGUCUGUCUAUCUAACCAUUUAAUUCCACCAUGUGCUGCUGAGAGAAACAGAAUGUCCCUUUAUUGAAGGAGUGAGUUAGUCUGCUUAAAAAUUUGUCUAUCAAACAAUUUUAUAACUGAUUUCAUGGAAGUUAAUGAAGAAGUAAUUUUUCA